UCGGGCUAUAACCUGGAAUAAAAAGCCCUAAUCACAUAUCUUCAAAACCCUGUAUGAACUUUAAAAUCUUAAUCGCCUAUUGCUUCUUCCCACUUCUCAUUUAGGGUUUUCCUCCCAAUCUUCAUCCUUAGGAAGCAGCCAUGGCGGUACCUCUACUAACGAAGAAGAUCGUGAAGAAGCGUGUCAAACAGUUCAAGAGGCCGCAGAGUGAUCGCAAGAUCUCCGUCAAGACUAAUUGGCGUAGGCCAAAGGGUAUCGAUUCACGAGUUAGAAGAAAGUUCAAAGGCUGCACUCUGAUGCCCAAUAUUGGUUAUGGCUCUGACAAGAAGACUCGUCACUAUCUUCCCAAUGGCUUUAAGAAGUUUGUUGUGCACAAUGCUAGCGAGCUGGAACUGUUAAUGAUGCACAACAGGACAUACUGCGCAGAGAUUGCCCACAAUGUCUCAACCAAAAAGAGAAAAUAUAUUGUUGAGCGUGCUGCACAGCUGGACAUUGUCGUAACUAACAAGCUCGCUAGGCUGCGUAGCCAAGAAGAUGAGUGAUCCAUUAGCUCAAAUUUUUGUUUGCUUAACUAGUGUUGGGUAAAAAAUUGUUUAAGAUAUUUCUUCUGAGAUUUGCUGUCCUUCAAACAUUCAUCUUAGUUUAAUUUAAAUGUGUGCCAUUUUGCUCAA